AUGGCCGCGCGUCCUUUGCUCUCCACGGGGGUGCUGGGCCUCCUGCUUGUCCUGUUGUGCGUUGCGUUAGCGUCUUCGUCGUCAUCACCACCGGACAAUGGGCCGGCGCGACGCAUCAUUGUGCAGCUCGAGUCCGAACCGCUGGCCCGCCGCUUCGGCCCCGCCCUCCAGGAGCUCCCAGCCGCAGGCCGCAAGCGCGCCUCAGAUCAAGAGGACGUGGCGGAUGAUAACCGGCGGUUCGAGAGGUUGGUGGAGCGCGAGGCCGAGGCGCGCGAGCAUGUGGCUCGCAUGGAUAGCGAGCGGAGCGCCUUCCUUGGUUCGCUCGACGACCUCCUCCGCAGCCUCGCCCACAAGCGCCGCGCAGGGUCCAACUCGGCCACCACGCCGAGAGCCGCCGAGCUGGUGUCGCGCACGGUGGACCACGAGGGCCAGCCCAAGGAGAGCGUGUUCACGCGCUCGCUUCACGGCCUGAGCCUGCGCGUGCCCGACGACUUCGCCGACAGCCCGCACGAGUUCCUGCGCUACGUGAGGGGCUUGCCGCACGUCAAGCACGUGUCGUUGGAGCGGAGGUAUGAGCGAUCGCUGUUCUCGAGCAUCGACAACAUCAAGGCCGCUCAGGCGUACGCCGCUUCGGGCAUCGGCGGCCUUUCCAACGCUGGCAAGGGCAUCAAGAUCGCCUCCGUGGACGCUGGUGUGUACAGCGCUGCUCCCAUGUUCAAUGGCUCCGGGUACUCGUACCCGGCGGGAUGGAGCGGGACAGGGCUGGGCCAGCAGGCCAACCUCAACGGCAAGGUCAUCGCCUCCCGCGCCUACUUCCGAGCCGAUGAUCCGCCGGCUCCUGGGCAGAACAACACCUGGCCAGGACCGGACGACAGCCACGGCUGUCACACGGCAUCGACGGCAGGCGGCGACGUGGUCAGCGCCACGGUGGGCUCGACCACGCACGAGCUCCACGGCGUGGCGCCCAAGGCCUGGAUCAUGAGCUACCGCAUCUUCUACCUAGCGUCCAGCGGCCGCGACACGGCGGACGAUACAGAGAUCAUCAUGGCGCUGGAGGACGUGGUCGAGGACGGCGCCGACGUGGUGAUCAACUCCUGGGGCGCCGGUCCAUACAAGGGCGGUCCCUACGAUCCUCUUGAUGCCGCGCUCAUCAGCGCUGUUCAUGCCGGCCUGUUCCUCAGCAUGUCCGCAGGCAAUAACGGACCACAACUCACCACGAUGGACCAUCCGUCGGCCGACUACAUCAGCGUUGCCGCUUCCUCCAAAUCCUCAGUCCUCGGUAUCGUCGCCACUCUCGCCGGAGUUGGCGACUCGGUGCCGCCAGUGCUUGCCAAGAUGACCGCCUACAGGUCGAGGAUGGGACCCGGUUUGACACUGGCCAAGGCCUACACCUAUGACGUGAUCCCGCUGGCCGUCGUCGAACCCAACAACGUCUACGGCUGCAAUCCCAUUAGCGCCAACGUCAGCGGUAAGGCGGUCCUAAUCGUGGUCAGCACUGGGAAUGAGGAAGACCAUUGCGCCUACCACAACAAGGUGCUCACAGGACAGAUAGCAGGAGCUGCGCUCGUUAUCGUGUACCACCCGCUGGGCGAUACUGAUAUGACCUGGGCGACUGUUCCGUGGCCCGCAAUCACAAUCCCCUCGUUCCUCAUCAACUCCACGAACGGCCACGAGCUGGUCACCUGGUACAAUGACACAGCUGUGAGUGUGAAGGUUGUGCUUGACACGGUUGAUGUCAACACCACGGCGGACGUCAUCACCGACUUCAGCAGCAGAGGUCCAUCGGUGCUGCGCACGCUGAAGCCGGACAUCUCUGCGCCGGGCGACCGCGUACUGGCGCAUGGCUAUGCGUACGGCGAGACCGGCAUGGACAUCCUCACGCACUACGGCGUAUCCUCGGGCACCUCGAUGGCUGCGCCGCACGUGGCCGGGUCGGCGGCGCUGGUCAAGCAGCUCCACCCCGACUGGUCGCCGCGCCAGAUCAAGGCCGCUCUCAUGGGCACGGCCCGCUGGAGAGGCGUCAUGGACUCCUUCGGCCAGCACGCCCAGCCUCUCGAUAUGGGCGCGGGGGUAGUGGACCUGACGAAGAUCGCCGAUCCGGGAGCGCUGCUCGAUCCGCCUUCGCUCUCCUUCGGCUACACGCUCAAGGGAGACUCCAAGCAGAUCACCGUCACCGUGGCCAACGUCGCCGCCACGCCGCAGAACUUCACCAUCAGCUCGUCGCUCGCCGAUUCUUCGUCCCCUGUCCCUGGGGUGACGUUCUCUCCGGCGUCUCUGUUGCUCAAUCCGGGAAGCGAGGAGCAGUUCGUGGUCACCCUCAACACGUCGAGCUUGCCUCAAGGAGACGACCAGGGCUUCCUGGUGCUGACAUCGGGCGACUACGAGGUGAGCAUGCCGCUCUGGGCGCGCGUGAUCGAGCCCACGUCCAACACGGUCCUCCUCCUCAACGCCGAGGGCUUGAGUGGCGUGAGCACGCCCGCACUGGAGGCGUAUAAGGGGACAUUGGACGGGCUGGGUAUCAAGUACGAUACGGUGGACGCCGUGACCUUGCUCAAGGACGACCUGUACUGGGUGUCGGCCUACCCGAUGGUGUUUUUCUUCACCGGCUCGAACGACGCCGGCGACAAACGGGUCAUUCUGGAGGACGAGAGUGUGGAAGUGCUGCGCGAGUACACUGCCCUGGGCGGACGGCUGUUCAUAAGUGGCGCCACCGCCCCCGCGACCUUGUAUUACUGGGGCACCAGCCUCUCCGGGUACAUCCCGGACGAUCUGGCGAACCCGAUUACCGGUGAAGCUUUCCCCACGGGUCCGUUCAAGGGCUGGCCCACAGCUCCGGCAGCGUUCCAGAAGCUCUCCUACUCUCUGUCGAAGGAAGUUGAAUCAAGCAAGUACGUGGCGGAACUCUCGAGCAACGAAGCACCGGGGAUGUAUGUGCCACUUCUCUAUUACCCGCCGACCGUGGGCCGCAAAGUCUAUGAACAGGGCGUGGUUAGCGUCGGCUACCGCUCGCAGCCAAACCCGAGCUUCCCCUUUGCCACGGUGACCAGUUCGAUCGGCCUCGAAAUGCUGGCCUCCGCCCAGGACCGCAAGACCUACACGUCGGCCGUGAUCGCCUUCCUCACCGAGCAGCUCCACCUCAACGUCUCCGUCACGCCGCCCCUAGCCGACGACACCACGACCGGCGACCGGUUCCAGCUGCGCCUGACCUCGGCCUUGCCCAACGCCGCCAAUCUGAGCCUGCCCGCGCUGGCGCCCUCGUUUGUGGUCUCGUUCACCAACGGCGAGCCCCCCGUGGCAGUGAAGGCCCAGGCGUCGAUGAUCGCUGGGUCGACGCUCGAGAUGACGCUGGACCACUGCUUCGCGACCACGGGCGAGCUCACGGUGUCGGUGAACGCGGUGUCGCCCUUCGGCACCAUGGCCGUAUGGGCGGGCACGGUGAAUGCGAGCUACUGCGAGCCCACCGACUCAGCAUCAUCGUCGGUCAGGAGCCCACUGGCCCACCUCCUCUACCAAUUCCUAUUCUGA